AUGCCUCGAAACAUGGCUCCUGCUACCAUUUCUUCGCCGCAAGAUUUGGUGGAAUAUCACGUAUCUGAUGCUUCUGCCGUUGACACUAGCGCCCCUGCAGGGUACAUAGAGAGAUACAUCCACAGUGAGAUGUACAAAAAGUAUUCGACCGUCAAUAGUGUCAUCCACAGUCAUGCUAGUGAUGUCGUACCUUACAGCAUCUCUGCAGUUCCCAUGAAGCCUUGCCUUCAUAUGGCGGGAUUUUUAGGUACAUCCACACCGGUUUAUGAUAUUGCGAAGCACUAUCAACCCGACGACAUCCGAGAUUUGCUGAUACGAAAUGCUCCGCUGGGGGAAUCCCUUGCGUCGUGCUUCUGCGACUCCCAAAGGACCUCACCUGCUGAGCAGAACGAACCGGCCCAUUCAGUCGUUCUCAUGCGUGGCCAUGGCUACACAGUGGUAGCCUCCAGCAUUGAACAAUGCGUCUUUCGUGCAAUCUACACAAAGGAGAACGCUAUUAUUCAAACAGCGAGUCUAGGCCUCAGAGCUGCAUAUCAGGGGAAUGGAGACACAGCCCCGGCCAUUCAAUAUCUGCAAGAUGACGAAACCGCGGGGGCACUGGCCAUGACCCAGUCUGCAUGGGGUCGAGCAUGGGGACUAUGGGUUCGGGAGGUAGAGGUUGCUACACUAUAUGUCCGUGAUGGGUGA